AUGGCAGGAUCUUCCAAACCUAGUUCUCAGCCGGCGGGCUGGGUCCGACGCUCAAAUCGCGCGACCAGGAGACCGGAGAGACUUGGACAGACUCGAGAGCACGAACAACCAGGAACUUAUUACCCACGACCUGAUGUCGUGCGUGCCUGUCUUGAACAAAGAGUCCAGUGGGAGUUGGCGAAUCUUGCAGACUCGGGCCCUGUCUAUCCUUCGCCACAAAUUCGGAAUCCAAACAUUGGUGUUCAUGGCCCUUUCUUGCUACACCCACUCGAUGUCCCUGCCACUACAUUGCCUCAGAACACAAUCCAAUCUCCCCCCGCGCCAUUGACUUCCCAGAACCUCUUGUCAGUAGCGUCAGAUACACGCCACGGUGACGAGGACCCUCGAAGCGCGACCGUGGACGUCGAAUCAUGCAAGGAUAACUAUGUCUUGAGCUCUGACAGUUCACUUUCAUCAAUUCCCGAGACGCCGGCCCGCCGAGGCACCUGCGAUGAUCCAUCGAAGACCAGACCGGCGCAGACUGCCCCAGAGACAUCCAAGGCAACAGCAACAGCAACAACAACAGCAACAGCAACAUUUCCGGAGGGCUUUCUUCAGAAGUACAAAAUCUUGCUCAGCGACUUGGCAGAGGAGAUAGAUGGCUUACGCCAGAACAACAAGUUGUCGGAAGUGGACGAUGAGGACCUCGAGGAAUGGUGCAUCUGCAGGAUGGGGGACGUCGAUGAGGAGGGCAGUGUCAAAUGUGACAACCCAAGUUGCUCCGUUGGUUGGUACCACCAAGGAUGUCUGAAUCAACGUGACAGACUCCUCCACCAGCAAUAUGACCUAUGGCUGUGCACCAUAUGUUUGAACAGACGCCUGAAAGCGCUCCAGGCAAAAGAGAACGCGGCGGCCAAUGGCCAAGGUAGUAAUGAGAUUGAGCAGACGGAGCCCUGCUUUGACAACUAUCCUGACGAUCCAUUUGUGCUCGGUGCCUCAUCUGACAUUCGUGAUACCGACAUGACAACCCCUCCUAACAGUCCAGGAAGAAACCAAGCUAUACAAGAGGUAACAUUGAGCAAUAACGCUGAAUUUGAAGCCAGAGCAAGUCAAGCACGCAGUCCCAGUCCGUCAACCCCAAGCUUGCAUUGUCCACAGCAUGUACCCGGGAUCGAAACACCUGUCCUGCCCUCAGCUGGACUUCAGUCUUCAAUGCAUGCGGUGGUGCCGAACACUGCGAGUCCUCGCGAGACGCAACGAGAUACAGAAACAAAGACCCGGCAGUCGACCACUACAAGCAUACAGCAGCCUUCCGCAUAUGUGCCAAACCCGUCGAAAAUCUCGUUGUCCGUGAUGAACGCGCUCAGUCUAUCGCUGUCGGCUAAGCUGUGGACGUCUCCUGCUUCCACCAUAGUAGUAGUAGAGGAACCAGGUCAGGGCUCCAUCCAGGUCAACUACAAGCACAACCUGGUUCUUCCAGAUCUCAACCAGACGGAUUGUCCUCGGUUUGCCCUCGUCUGCGAGGACGAUGGCGGUCGUGCACACUCGGUGGAAGUCCCGGUGAAGCUGCUCCUGUUCUUCUCUCGCACGCUGAAGCACGCCAACGUCGACGGUCUCUGCGCCCGCGCUCCGGGCGAGGUGGCCGCCGUCCGCGUCCCGCUCGCACCCAAGGAACCACUGCAGCACGCCGUCGACUUUCUCAAGGGACAGUUCCUGAGCGUCAAAUUCGGCGCGCUUGACACUCAGGUGGCCACGGCGGAGAAACGACGACUGCUCGGCCUCGUGCACGUUGCUCACGCCCUGGCCAUCGAGCCUCUGAUGCACGCCGCGGUCCAUGCCCUCUGCACGGCUGUCCUGCGCCGGCCUGACGACUGGGCGGACGUCGUCGCCAACGCACGCCUCCUCAGGGAUACCACCUUCCCAUCCAAUCCCGCCAGACGCCUCCUCGGAAGCGUCCGCCGCCACUCCAUCUUGCCUACCGUCACCGGCUGGGCCACACUGGCGUCCCAUCAGGAAGACCGGGACCAGUAUUGCCGCAUGCCCGACCGGACCUGUCGGUUGAAAGGCUCGUUUUCGCCAGAGAUUAGGUUGUGGUUGGAGAGUUUCGACGAGACUGGCGUCCUUGGUGACGACGGGAGCGACGACGACGCAUGA